AUGACUUUUAGCAAGUCAGUAUUAUCGAUACAGUCCCACGUCUCGCAUGGGUAUGUUGGGGGAAAAGCGGCCAUCUUUCCGCUACAAACUCAGGGUUGGGAGGUCGAUAAUGUUAAUACUGUAAAUUUUUCAAAUCAUACAGGGUAUGGGUCGUUCAAAGGGUCUGCCAUCGAUACUAAGGAACUUGAAAAUAUAUUUGAUGGUCUUAAUGAUAUAGACAUGACUUAUAAUGCUGUAAUUAGUGGAUACAUACCCAAUGACUCGCUUAUAGAAACCGUGAAGAGAUACAUACAAAAGCUUAAAGCGAAAGUGCCAAAGUUGGUUUAUUUGUUAGAUCCGGUGAUGGGGGACCAAGGAUACAUAUACGUAGAUGAAUCCUGUGUACAUGAGUAUAGACGAAUGUUGGCCAGUGGAAUGGUAGAUAUUAUCACACCGAAUCAAUUUGAGCUUGAAUUACUAUGUGACCUUAAAAUAUGCUCCGAAGAAGACUUGAAAGCAGCAAUUCACUCACUUCAUCUGAAGUAUGGUAUCAAAUAUGUGGUUGUCACAAGCUUAGACGAGAACUUAUGCUUAUCCAAGAAGCCCCAUUCGAAUAAGGGAAUCAUUUAUUGUGCAAUUUCAUGUGCGACGGAAACUGAUAUCCACGUCUAUUCUAUACCUAUCAUUAGAUCAUAUUUCACUGGUGUUGGGGAUAUGUUCAGUGCUUUGCUUCUUGAUAAACUCUACAACAACCUGAAAACUAGAGGGCAUGGAUUAGAUGCUCUUUCCAAAUCCGUCAAUCAAGUACUAACUAUCAUGCUGAAUACUUUGAAGUUGACCCAUAAACUAGGUAUAGAAAGUUACUACAAAUCUAAAGGAAUGCCUGUAUCGUACGAUACCAACUUGGAAGGGAAGAUCAACGAUGGAAGUAGCAUGAAGUUCUUUGAAUUAAAAGUAAUAGAGUCUAAGAACUUCUAUGAUUAUGCUGACGAUGGAAUAUUUACACCAGAUAUAAUAUAG